AUGGCCGGGACCUCAGCGGGCAGCCCCGGCCCCGCGGCGGAGAGCGGCGACGGCCAGGCCGGGGCAGGCGAGGCGGAUUACUGCCGCCGCAUCUUGGUGCGAGAUGCCAAGGGGACGAUCCGGGAGAUCGUGCUGCCCAAGGGGCUGGACCUGGACCGGCCCAAGCGGACACGGACCUCGUUCACGGCGGAGCAGCUGUACCGGCUGGAGAUGGAGUUCCAGCGGUGCCAGUACGUGGUGGGCCGGGAGCGCACCGAGCUGGCCCGCCAGCUGAACCUCUCCGAGACCCAGGUCAAGGUCUGGUUCCAGAAUCGCCGCACCAAGCAGAAGAAGGACCAGAGCCGGGACGCCGAAAAGCAGCACCCGUCCUCCGCCUCCGAGUCCUUCGCCACUUGCAAUAUCUUACGACUGUUGGAACAGGGAAGGCUUCUGGCCGUGCCAGGGGCUUCCGGCCUCCUCUCCCUGGCCUCCCCUUCGUUGGGCUCCCCUGCCAGCAACGGGGCGCCCGUUGGGACCUCCUCUCCAGGCCUCGGAGGUGCGGGGGGAGGAGGCAGUCCACCACGGGUUAGGGGCUCCUUUGGUCUCCAGGGAUCCCCGUUGGCCUCCGUGGCAUCUCCUCGGCACCCGACGCCCCUCUGCUUCACCCCCUUCCGUGAUUUGCCCAGCGGCUAUGGACUGGGCAGCUCGGCUUUCGAGCCCUAUAACCGGCUGGACAAGAAGGAUAGUGCUCUGGUCAGCAAGAAACCCAACACUUAA